CGCGUUGAGACACCUCCACCUCGACCUUAUAGCAAACAUGUCCAUCUGGUGAAACUCGCCAUGGCCCUUCACUCGGAGGUCAGUGAGGUGACGUUGACAGCCUCGCAGACUGUGGCCGCGCCUCUCCUCGCUCCCUCCAGAACCGGCCUCACUGCCCAGGAGGGGGAUGAUGUAGAGAUAUCUGUUCCUCUAGCACCUCAGAGUGGAUCUCCAUCCCACAUUACCUGGACCAGAGGAGAUGUGGAGCUAACGGGGGAGAGAUUCAGCAGCGUCACCCAACGUGGCGCUGUAACUCUGAACGUCCGCAAUGCAACAGUCGGUGAUUCUGGCCGAUACACUCUCUCUGCUCGCAAUGACGCAGGCCAAGCACAUUCCGACUUAUUGCUUGAGGUGCGCACACGGCCAGGCGAUGUCCCUGUUUUUCUCCGAAGACUCAAUGAUCUCGCUGUCAAGGUCGGCACACGCACAAGGUUCCUUGUUGAGGUCCGAAGCCCCACACAGGUUAAGGUGUCAUGGGAGCAAGAGGGCAAGCCCGUGGUGGAGAGUGAAAGAUUCCAUCUGCUCCAUGAAGGCAACUUCUUCUGUGUGGACGUCGCCCCUGUCACUCUGGGGGACGCAGGACUGUGGAUAUGUCGUGCCCACAACUCUAACGGAACAGCCACCUGCUUCUGUCAUCUCAAUGUUCUUGUUCCGAAAGCCUACAAAGCACCCCACUUCAUUGAGGAGCUAGUGGCGAUAUUGACAGAGCAGGGGACCGUCUCAUUGGAGUGUAAAGUGGUGGGAGUGCCAACACCUACUUUGCGGUGGUUCAAGGACAAUCAAGAGAUCAAGGCAGGUGAUGUGUUUGCCCUGAGUGCCAACCCACAAGAUACAACGUCCCUGGGCACAUACACGUGUGAGGCAACCAACUGUAUGGGCCACGCAUACUCUACCAGCCGCGUACACGUGCUGAGCAGCGAGGGUAGCGUACAACCGGUAGAGAGCCUUGUACCCAAAGGGCCAGCACCAGUGUUUUCGAAAGAACUACGAAAUGAUAAAGUAAAAAUUGGUGGGAAACUAUCACUCUCAUGCAAAGUCAAUGUGCCGCCGUGGCCCAAGACCAUCACAUGGUUCAACAAGGCAGGCAUAGUAGAAGGCGGAGGCCGUUAUCAUAUCAUUGAAGAUGGGCUGGGAGCUUACAGUGUUGAGGUUGAUCCUGUGGAGGCCAGUGAUGAAGGAGAGUGGAAGUGUGUCGCAACUAGUGACCACGGAGUGAAGGGCAUCUCUACCUGCAAUGUGUCUGUCUCCUAUCCAAAGAACUACAAGAAGCCAAAGUUCUUAGAAAGCCUAAAGGCCAUCCUGACAGAAGAAGGACUAGUAUCUUUUGAAUGUAAAGUGGUCGGCUACCCGACACCUCAGUUGAGAUGGUUCAAAGACGGCCAAGAACUGAAACCUGGAGACGUCUACCAACUAACCGGAACAAACUCACUAGGAUCAUAUUGCUGCAUCGCAAAGAACUGCAUGGGAGAAACGAGCAGCACGGCUGAGCUGACAGUAGAAGACAUUCAGAGUCAGCUGAGCGCGGAGGAGCGACUACAGCUGUUCAGCAAGAACCAACCUCCGCGCUUCCUACAGGGACUCAAGAGUCUGGAGGCCAAGAUCAUGGACCCACUCAAGUUUACUGUCCAAGUGAGUGUGUCUCCCCAGCCCACUGUGGCGUGGUACAGGGAUGACGAGGAGGUUCAGGAGUCUGACAAGUACAAGAAGGAGCAAGAGACCAAGGGAGUUUGUCAUCUCUCCAUUAAACGGCUGGAGCUCGUGGAUCAGGCCGAGUGGAAGUGUGUGGCCACUAAUGACUACGGCCAGAGUGUAACCUCGUGUUUCCUCAAACUGGCCGUCCCUCGACAUUACAAGAAGCCUCGAUUCCUGGAGAAUCUUCGAGCCGUACUGUCAGAGGAAGGGGCUGUCAACCUCGAAUGUAAGGUGAUAGGCACUCCCCAGCCCACUCUCAAGUGGUACAAGGAUGGUCGGGAGCUCAAGCCUGGAGACAUUCACCGUAUCAUCUCUGGUCAGGACGGGACGUGUUGUCUGGGCACGUACACAUGUGAAGCGACCAACUGUAUGGGCUCUGUGUCCAGCUCAGCCUCACUGCUGGGCUUCGAAGAUCGAGCACAAGUAAAGCCCCAGACAGAGCCACAACGGCCACUACCACCCCCGGCCGCCCACCUGGUGCGACACCCGUCAUUGUCUACCAUCUUGGAGGAGAGGACGUCCCAGCUGCACGACACAGUGGCUAGUGACGAGCGAGCAGAGGUUUCGUUCUCCUUUGAUGGCAAGGAAGUGUCUGUUUCUCUUUAUGAAACACCAGAUCUCACGGAGGAAGAGGCUUUACAGGUGGUCGAGAUGUAUGCAGAGGAGUUGUCAGAACAUAUUUCAGGGUUGCAGGAAGUGAAAAGCUUAGAACACAAUGUUGUGGAGCUUCCUCCCAUGAGAUUUGUAAAAGAGACUUCUCAAUCCGGACAUUUGUUGAUGGAAGCUGUUGUAAUCGAUGUCAGUCCUGAGUAUUACGCUUCUGCUGAAGAUCGUACAGAGGCUGAUCUAGAUGAAUUCUCUAUAACAGAAGACAAUGGCUUCAUGUCACCACAAGUUAUUACACCAGAUGAAAUGCCAUUUGACAAAUUUACCACAGACUUCAUGGAACUUACUGCUCAGUUAGCACAGAAAGCUGCUCCCACCAAACCUCCCAGGAAACGGGGAAAUGAUAACAGUGAAUCUUCUUAUCAUAGUGUAAAAGAAGCAAAACUAUCACCAGAAGAGGAAAGUAGUGAGUUUGCUGAUGCGCUUAGCUCCAUCAAAGACAAAUCCCAAAAAGAAAACUAUAGUAGUGCAAAGAGUGUGAUGGAGGAAAGUGGUGGAUUACCAGCUGGUAGAAUAGAACAAGAACCAGAGUCCAAAAAGACAGAUAUUUCUUCACAAUUGAAAGAUGAUAAGUUAAAUGAGAAUAAGAAAUCGAGGAAAAAAUCAAGAAGCAGAUCGAGAUCUGCUGAAGUUCAAGCAGAUGAAAAUGUUUCUGGAACGUCAACGGAAAAUAAAUCUCUAAAGAGACCAUUGAAGAAAAGAAGAUCAACAGACUCUGAAAAAGAAGAUGAUUCUCUUCGUGAGUUUGAAAGACAAAAAAGCUUAAAUGCUGAUAAAGAAGGAAGUGACCUUGAAAAAUUAGAACUCAAAAGUAGAUUAAAAAAGAAAAAAUCCUCUGAGUCAGAAAGAGAAGAUGAUUCAUUACAAGAGUUUGAGAGUCGUAAGUCCUUUCAUCAAACUGACAAAAAAAGUGAAGCUGAAACUACUUCAAAAUCAAAGGCAAAAUUAGUAAAGAAACAGUUGUCUGAUUCUUCUGGUAGAGAAGAUGAUUCACUAAUUGAAUAUGAAAAGAAGAAAGUAUCAAGUGAGGGCGCUACUGAAAAGCCUCUGAAAUCAGAAAAGCAAGAGAGACAGAAAGCUCCUUUAUACAAAAGCAUUUCCACAGAUUCGUCUGAGAAAGAUGAGGCUUAUGAAGUCGGUAAUGAACAAUCAGAACACUCUAGAAAAAGAAAAAAGAGGUCCCUUAAGAAAUCCAGUCCAACUAAAAAGGAUAAUAGGACUUCAGAAACUAACGUAGAAAUACCUCACUCAUCAGAAGCUGAGUCGUGUGACAGAGAAUCGCUUAAAAAUAAGAAAGUUAUUAGUACCUCUGAUCUAGAUAGAAUGAGAAGUAUGUCUGACCUUGAUAGUAUUGGGGAUAAAUCUAGAGCUCAGGAAGAAGAAGAUCGUUCUGUUGACUUUGAUACAGCAGAAGAUAGUGCCUAUGACAAAAGUGAAAUGUCUGUCCUGGAAUCCUUGACUCAUUCAAUUAAAGAAAUUAAAAAGAGUUUAGUAGCUGUAGAGGAAACAAUUAUUUCUGAGUCCACAGAUGAACCCCAAUCUGCAAUGUCUAGCUUAUCAGCGAUCGAGUCUUUAGCUCUGCCAAUAAACGAGAUUCAGCGUGGACUAAUGGAAGUUGAAAAACAAGCGGAAGAGACUGAAGCUGGACAGUACUCGCCUAGCUCAAUUUUAGAAACUCUAAAAGAACCAAUACAAGAAUUGGGAAGAAACUUAGCUGAAAUUGAGAAAGCAAAGCUCUUAGAAAGUGAUGAAGAAUCCCUCCUUAAAAGGACAACCCAGACUUUAUUAGAAAAAGUGAGUCACCCAUUGCAUGAGCUACAAAAAGAACUUACAUUUAUUCAACAGCAAGCUAUAAUUGAGACUGGUGAACAGAGCUAUUCAGAUGUUCUUCAAUCUUUUAAACCUUCUUUGUUAGUUGUUCAAGGUGGAGUAGAGCAAACAGAAGGUGAUUUUACUAGCAAGUUCGAGGACUUGACAGAUGUGACUGUUUUUCCACAAGGCACUUUUGCUCAGCAAACAGAACAAAUUCCAAGUUCAGUUGAAGAGCUCAAAAUUCAGGAAGUACAUGAGAUAAAAGAACACAAUGUAUUGGUUCCUUCAACUGUACAAGAAUUGGAAGUAAGUUUAGCUGAAACAGCAAUAUCUCUGACUACUCUAGGAACUUUUGAUUUACACAAUGAAUUAGAAGUGCUCUCUGCAAAAUUGGAAAAAUGUUCAGGUAUUUUACGUGAUAAAGUUGAAAAUACCAUUGAUGGGGAAAUAAAAGACAUUCUUGUGUCUGUAGGACAACUUGUUACACCCUUGGAACAGUUUAAAAAUGUGAUUGGAAAAUGUCUAAGGCUAGUUGAUGAAAAUGAUUUGUCCAACAAUCCUCAAGUCAGAUCAUCGAACAUGGUAUUAAAAGCCACGUUAGAGAGCCCUGUUCACGCUUUAGGAAAAUGCCUUCACUUAUUGGAAGCUGUAUCUAAUUUUUCAUCCAAUGAAGAAGUGAGAGGUUUAGGUAUUAAAAUUCUAUACAAACUUUCAUUUCCUUUAGAAGAACUAAAAACAACUAUGAAGCUCACAGAAAAUCUAUCAGAACAUACUUCAAUUGAGUUACUCGUAUCUCCAGUUGAAAACUUGAUUGCUGCAGCUUCAGUUAUUAAUUUGGAAGCAUCGAAAUCUGGUUUUGCUGAGAAUAUUCCAGUUGAAGGUGGAUUUAUUGUGACAGAACUACAUGAUAGUGUUGGAGUGUUACUGAAGUCACUUACAGUAAUGACAAAGUCUCUGUAUUCUCAAAGUAGUUUGCGCACCCUAUCCUCUCUUGUUAAGCCAUUGACCGACCUACAAAACAGCUUGCACAAGAUGGGGAGUAAAAUUAAGACACCUGACGAGUGUAAUACAAUAAAUACAUCAGAGAUAUAUGAUUUAGCCCAGGAAUUAUGUAAGCCCCUGCAAGCAAUCAGAACAGAGUUGUCAAUAGCUCAACACGAAAUUGAACUUGACCAAUAUAGUCAGUUAUCAUUAACCACUGGUCCUAGUAUGGAUAGUGAAAAUGCAAAUACAACAGAGGUUGCUACAAAUAUUGUGCAUCAGUCUUUAGAUCAAAUGCUUAAAAGUGUCCUGACUUGUACAGAGUUUGUUUUGUCCAAAUCACCUAGCGAAACAUUAUAUGUUAGGUAUUUACUCUUUGCUUUGAAUGAGUUGAUUUUACCAGUCAACCAAUUCAAAUCAGGUAUCUCAAAAGCUGAAGAGUGCUUUGCAAAGGAAGACCAAAAGAUAUCUGAGCCGAAUAUUGGAAUUUCUGCUGUUGCUUCAUCAGCAAGUGAACUUCUCAGUGUAUUGUCUGAAUUACGCAAUCAUUCCUUAUAUGCCAGUGGACUCCCUGAAAUCCAAAUGAUUAGACUUUUAUGCACCAUGGAAGAGCCUUUGUUGAAGGUGGAAAGAGGACUGUGCAAAGUCAUCGAACAUACCCCUACAGAUGACAAAAAUAUCUUGAAUAUCAACAUGCUGAAAACCUUGGCGGAACCACUAAAAUGUUUACAGAAAUCUCUUAUAAACAUCUAUGAAAAACUUGGAUCUGAAUCAGCCUCACAAGGAGUAGUUUUGAAACUGAGACAGCUAAUUCAGGAAUUACAGCGAAGUAUUUUAAUAAUUCAAGAUCAAGUAUCGUUUGAAUAUGGAGAUGAACCAACCUCGAUUGAAUCAAAUAUUGACACAUUACAGUCUUUAGUUAAUCCCUUAAAUGCUAUUAAAAAACUGUUUGUGGAAUUUGAUGUGUUGAUGAUUGACAGGUCUCAGUCGACUGGAUAUUCAAAAACAAAUGAAAAUUUACAUUCCAUUAUCAAAAUAAGUCAUGAACUUCAAAUGAUGUUGUCAUCAAUCAUGGUAGAAGAAAAUUACAUAAACAAACAUUCCUUAGACAGUUUAGAUAUGUUUCCAAUUUUCCAAGAUAUAAGUAGUUUACUAACGGAUUUAGAAAAUGCUUUUCGAAGAAUUGAUCUAGUUUGCCAAAAUGAAACUAAUCCUGAUAUAACCGUAUACAAUAAGUUAUGUGAAGCUGUAAGCUCAAUCAAAAAUGAAAAUGCAAAUUUGUAUGCUAAAAUAACACUUGCUUCUAACAAAGCAACAAAUGACAAAAAACAUCCUGUGCAUUUAGUAAAAAAAGAAUGUGAACAUUUUAUCAACAAAUUUUCUGAAAUAUCUAAAGAUUUGGAAGAUAACAAAAUGAAUGAACCAACUUUAGCUUACUGUACGAUGAAAUUUUAUCAAGAUCUCCAAGGGAAUUUGAAGAACUUUUCAGAGUUCAUUAAGGAGUUAGAGAAAGCUAGUGCCGAACCAGCCAGAGAUUCUACCGAUAUAUCUCUCUUAUCCUCUAGCGACACUAUUAAAGAUGUUAAUACCAUCAUGGAAGAGGUAACAGAGACAAGAGUUUCUUUAGAGUCAGUAAGCUUAGAUUCCUGUAAAAAUAAUACCUUGGAAAAAGCACACAAAGAAAUUAAAGUAUUCUGUGAACUCUUUAAGUCCGUGGAAAAUACCAUAGUUGAAAACAUUGUUUCCAAAGAAAAUCAAUACAGUUUUCAACAGGAGGGUGACAAAAGAAGUUUGGCUGUAAUACUGAGCUUAGUAGCAGAGCAACUUCAUAUAAUUGAAACCUAUAUUAAUGUAGAUCAAGAGGCUUUGAAGUCUGCAAACUGCUUGGCUAAUACUAUUCAUGACAUUCAAGAACGUUUAAGUAGUGGCGAUCAAUUUUCAGAACUUAGCAUAUUGCAGGCCUUAAAUAUACCAUUUAAAACAUUUAAAGAUAAUAUCUCAAAAGCAUUAAAAACUAUGAAUGUUAAUGAAGAUAUUACUCCCGUGUCCUCAUACCUUGAUAAAUUUGAAAAAUCUGCCUCUGACUUGGAAUUAGGUCUAAUGAAACUAGAACAUGCUUUGUUAAACUCCACUGGAGAUUUCUCUAGCUUAAAAAACAUUGAUAUUGAAGUAUUAGCACAUCCAAUCGAAGAGUUGGUGUGUUAUAUCAAUACUAUUGAAGGAAAACAGACAAGUUCAUCUGAAACUCUAGCUGAACAAUCAAGCUUAUCCAUGCUUAAAACCCUUGCACAGCCAAUUAGAGAGAUUCAAGAAGGUGUUUUGCAGAUUCAAGAGCAAAUUGUCUUUGAAGCGAGUGGAAAAACACCCUCUGGGAAAUCAUGUGCUGGUAUUCUUUAUGAAAUAGCUAAACCAAUACGAGAAUUGAGAAGUGGUGUGGCAUUAAUUCAAGAGCAGAUUGUUUUAGAACCGGAUGUUGAAACUUUGUCUGAUGAAACUAGAGUAUCAUCUCUUCAGACGUUUGCUGCUCCCAUUGAAGAAAUGAAGAGGGUACUGUCAACCAUCACUGAGCAACAACCACUUCUUUUUGAGGCAGAUGUUGAGUCUAUGUCAGAAAACAUUUCUUUGUUAAAAACAAUUGCACAGCCAGUGAAAGAGCUUCAAAACAAAUUGGCAACAAUUGAAAUAAACCAGAUGAUGGAAAGUGAUGUUGAACCAUUUUAUGUAAAAGAGAACAUAUUAGCUCUAGCUAAACCUGUACAGACACUUCAAGAGAGUAUUGCUUGGGUUGAAAGUCAAAUGCCACUAGAAACCACAGGUGAGGAUAAAUCUAUUUAUAAGAGUAUAGCAAUGCUUAAAGAGAUUGCAAAACCAAUAAUGGAGAUAUCUAAAGGAAUUGCAGUGAUAUUUGAACAACAGCUUAUUGAAGAAGGAAAUUUGGAGGAUGUUACGUCAAUAUCAGAAAUUUCAACUCUAGCAAACAUUACUGAUGUUUCCUUAGGUGAUGCAGCAGUUCAUAUUGAUGAAACAGUUCCGUUAGAACAUGGAAUUUCUCUCAAAGAUAAUACACUUACUCCUCAGUUGGCCAAAACCACCUUAGAAGAAAAUCUUAAACUAGUCGCUAAAGAGCAGCAGCAAGUGUUAUUUGAUGUAAACGCUGAACUUAAAAAUGAUUCAGAGCAAUCUAUUAAAUAUGAACAGCUGACCCCUACCAACCUUCUUACUGUGCAGGAUGUUAAAUCAUCAGUACAAGUUCAAGAACUUGAAAUAUUAUCAGAUGUAAAUACAUUAUCAAUCAGUGAAGAGAAAACAUUGCUCGCUGCUGAACCUAAACUGGAGUCACAAAACACAGCGGUCCAGGGAGAAUUCCAAGACGCUGUUGUUCAAAUAGAUGAACUUCUUGUAGAAAAUCUAGCUGAGGAAAAUGCUGUGUUGAAAGAUGUCUCCUUGAAUAUUGCAGCACAAGUACUUGUUCAAGAAACACUUUCCAACGCUAAACCGUUGACUAGUCAUGAAGAUUUCUCUCCUACAGACGUUACACCUGACACGAUAACUCCUUGUAUAGUUCAAGGAGAACUUCAGCAAUCAUUAGCUGAUGUUGAGAGCUUAGAAACAGAAGAGGAAACUUUAGACUCAAUAAGCAUUCAAGAUACAUCCUUUAUACUUGAGCCUAAUGUUAUUGACUUUCAGCAACCUUUGUCCCUUGUUGAAGAUUUAACAGUAACAGAAAAUAUGUUGUGUGAAGCAGAAAUUGAAAGAAGUGUUAUAGAAGCAGUACAAAAUGCCAACCUCCAAACACUUGAUAAGGAAGCUAGUUUCGAUACAAUUGCCUUUACUUCUGGAAAUGUGGAUAUUUCUGUCACCACACCUAAUAUUGCAGUACAAGGUGAAAUGCAGCAAGCAAUUUCUAACUUGGGAGAUAUUCAAACUGCAAAAUAUAUUAGUGAGUCAGCAAAUGUUGGCGAAAUGACUUUACAAUGCGCUCUCCAAGUAGAAUCUCAGCAAGUCUUAUCGAAUGUUGAUAGCUUUAAAGCGGAAUCAGUUUCAGAAAAAUGUUCACAAACAAUGGUGAUGGAAGAAAGUCACCAUAAGAAUGUUGCUGUUAAAUCACAUGUACAAGAAUUUCUCUCAGUGGUUGAACAAAUUGAAAAAAGUAAAAACGAGCUACAAGCUAAUGUUACUCAGGAACCUCUGACUAAUGAGGCAUUGAAGCAAGAAGUGCAACAAGCACUGGAAGUUGCAGAAGAAAUAAUUAUGUUGAAAUGUGAGAUAGAAGAAACUAUGCAGGGCAAAUCUAAUGUCAAUGUUGAACUUCCAGAUAUGUCACACGUUUUAUCAACAUGUAAACAAGUAAAAAUGUUAAAAGAAACACUACAGCAUGAGCCUAAAAAACACCCAGAAAUAGAUAUAGGGGUUGAGAAUAUAUUAGAGUUAGCUGAAAGUUUAGGAAAACGCAUUGAAGGUCUUCAAACAAAUACUUCCAAUGAAAGUACUCUAAAAGAUGUUGAAAGUGUGUCAACUAAAGCUGAUGACAGUUUGAACGUCGGAAAGCCUAUUGCUGAGGGGAAAAGUGUUGUAUCAACUAGUGAAACAGACUCCAAUGAUAGACCUAACUUGAAAGAGCUAAGUUUUGCCAAUUCAAAGGAUGUACUUGAAACUCAAUUUCAGCAAUUUGUCCAUGCAGUCCAGGAUGUGUCAGAUAUAACAGAAACGUUUAAGGCUAAGACUAUACAAGAGCCUGCUAUAAACCAUGCAGUGCAACAAGAAUUUACAGAAAUCCUCACUUCUGUAAAUGAAAUUAUAAAUGCAACAACAAUUUUGGAAUCUUCUGCUUACCAAGAGGGGUCCUUCAAACUGUCUUCCCAGAUUGAAAUUCAACAAGUUUUGUUAGUUUGUGACAGGCUUGAUAAACUGAAGGAUGCAGUUGAGGCAAAGUUGUCAAAAGAAGUAAAAAUCUAUUCAGCUCUAGAAUCUGAACUCCAGCAAAUUUUAACAACCGUCAAUUCAUUUGAAACAAUCAAAAAUAAUUUAACUGCUAGCAUAAAGGAAAUUGAAACAACACUUGAAACGGCAAAUAUAGUUGUCCAAAAUGUGCUAACUUCAAAUAGAGAUUCAGAGACAAAAAUUAAGAAGGAAAAUGAACAAGUGGAUAAUGUUGAAAUGCCUUCUAAGAGUAAAAAAGACCAAACUGCUGGAGAAACUGAUCAAGCCAAAGUAGACAUCUCUGACAGUAUAUCAGUGACAAAAUUAGAACCAGUUACAGACCAAGAAAUAAUAUACACUACUGAACAAAGCAAGGUUAGAAGAAUAGCUGAUAAAGAAGAGAUGCAAAUGAAAAAAGAAACUAAAGUUGAAAUAAUUCAAGGUAAAACAGACACGGAGGUUGUCAAAAAACCGGAACCAGAAAGAAAAGAAAUUGAUUCCAAUGUGGAAGAGAGAAAAGUAAAUGAUCAAGAAAGAAUUGAACCCAAGCGGGAUGAUGAAUCAAGUAUAUUAAAAAAAUCAGAUACAAUAAAGAAAGUUUAUCCUGAAAAAGAAAUACCUACUGAGAGUAAAAAUGAUCAAAGAACUGAAAAAAUAGAUCAAGCAAAAGAGGAUAGUUCUGAAAGUUUAUCUGUGGAAAAAUCAGGCACGGUUACCAAAAAGGAAAUGAAUGACAUUAGUGAGGUAAGCGAGACUAAAGUAAUUGUUGAUGAAAAUGAGACAAGAACAAAAGAUGAAACCAUCAGUGAAGAUGUUCAGACUGUGAAAAAGUCAGACACAGCUAUAGUCCAAGAAAUGAAAGAUUCUAAUGAACGAAAUGAGGGCAAAAUAAUUUCUGAUAUAGACAAGGCAAAAAGAAAAGAUGAAGCCAGCAGUAAAGAUAUUCAAAAGAAAACAGACACAGAGGUUUCCCAAAAAUCAGAAGCAGAAAUGAAAGAUACUGGUUCAAAAAUUGAAGAGAGGAAUGAAAGUGAUAAUGCAAGCGUAAAGAACAAAUCGGAGACCACAAAGAAAGUUUCACCCAAAAAGGAAAAGCCUGCUGAAGAUACAAGGGACCAAAUUGAUGAAAGAACUGAUCAAGUAAAAGAAUACACCUCUGAAAGUGUACUAGUGAAGAAAUCAGAUACUGCUAUAGACCAAGAAGUAAAAGAAAAAGAUGCUAAUGAUACUUUGUUAAAGCAGGUUAAAAUAAUCGCCAAUAAGGACAAGACAAAAGAUGAAAUCAGCAGUAAAGAUAUUACAAAUGAAACGGACACAGAGGUUUCAAACAAAUCAGAAGCAGAAAUUAAAGAAUCUGAUUCAAAAGCUAGGGAUAAGAAGCAAAGUCUUGGAGGUAGUGUAAAUAAAAAAUCAGAUACAGCAACAAAAGUUUCAUCCAAAAUGGAAAUGCCUUCUGACAGUAUAAACGAACAAACUGAUCAAGCAAAAGAAGAGACCUCUGAAAGUCUAUUAGUUUUAAAAUCAGAUACAGCUACAGACAAAGAGUUAAAAGACGCCAAUGAACAAAGCAAGGUUGAAAUAAUUGCCGAUACUGACAAGACAAAAACAAAAGAUGAAACCAGCAUCAAAGAACUUGAAAAGAAAACUGACACAGGGGUCACUAAAAAAUCAGAAGCUGAUUCCAAAAUUGAAGAAAAAAAGAAAAGUGAUGAAGCUAUUGAAAGCAAAAUAUCAGAGAUUACAAAGAAAGUUUCACCUAAAAAAGAAAAGUCUUCUGAGAGUAAAAAGGACCAAUCUGCAGAAAUAACUUAUCAAGUAAAAGAAGACACCAUUGAAAGUUUAUCGUUGGAAAAAUCAGACAAAGAAGUAAAAAAUGUGAACGAACAAAGCAAGGUCAAAAUGAUUGCCAAUACAGACAACACAAAAACAAAAGGUGAAACCAGCGUUAAAGAAAUUGAAAAGAAAACAGAUACAGAGGUAAGAGAAAAACCUGAAGCAGAAAUAAAAGAAACUGAUUCCAAAGUUGAAGAUAAGAAGAAAAGUGAUGAAGCUAGUGUAAAGAAAAAAUCAGAGACAGCAAAGAAAGUUUCAUCAGAAGAUGAAAAGCCUCCUGAGAGUAAAAAGGACAAAACUGUUGAAAAAACUGAUCAAACAAAAGACGUGACCUCUGAAAGCGUAUUGGUUUUAAAAUCUGACAAGGAAGUAAAAGAUACUAGUGAACAAAGCAAGGUUGAAAUAAUUCUUGAUACUGACAAGACAAAGUCAAAAGAAGAAACCAGCAUCAAAGAACUUGAAAAGAAAACUGACACUGAGAUCACUAAUAAAUCAGAAGGUGAAAUAAAAGAAGCUGAUUCCAAAAUUGAGGAGAAAAAGAAAAGAGAUGAAGCUAGUGAAAAUAAAAAAUCAGAGACUACAAAGAAAGUUUCGCCUAAAAAAGAAAAGCCCUCUGAGAGUAAAAAGGACCAAUCUGCUGAAUUAACUGAUCAAGUAAAAGGAGAGACCACUGAAAGCGUAUCUUUGAAAAAAUCAGACACAACUACAGACAAAGAAGUAAAAGAUGGGAAUGAACAAAGCAUGGUUAAAAUGAUUGCCAAAACAGACAAGACAAAAACAAAAAAUGAAACCAGUGUUAAUGAAAUUGGAAAUAAAACAGACACAGAUAUUAUGAAUAAACAAAAAGAAGAAAUAAGAGACGUUGACUUUAAAAUUGAACAGAGGGAAAAAAGUGAUGAAGUAAGUGCAAAGAAUGAAUCAGAGACCACAAAGAAAGUUUCACCGAAAAAAGAAAAGCCUCUUGAGAGUAAAAAGGACAUGACUGUUGAAAAAACUGAUCAAACAAAAGAAGUGUCCUCUGAAAGUGUAUCGGUUAUAAAAUUAGACAAGGAAGUAAAAGAUACCAGUGAACAAAGCAAGGUUGAAAUAAUUCCCGAUACUGACAAGACAAAAUCAAAAGAUGAAACCAGAAUCAAAGACCUUGACAAGAAAACUAACACAGAGGUCACUAAUAAAUCAGAAGGUGAAAUAAAAGAGGCUGAUUCUAAAAAUGAAGAGAAAAAGAAAAGUGACGAAGCUAGUGAAAAGAAAAAAUCAGAGACUACAAAGAAAGUUUCACCUAAAAAAGAAAAGCCUGAGAGUAAAAAGGACCAAUCUGCUGAAUUAACUGAUCAAGUAAAAGAAGACACCACUGAAAGCUUAUCUUUGAAAACAUCAGACACAACUACAGACAAAGAAGUCAAAGAUGUGAACAAACCAAGCAAUGUUAAAAUGAUUGCCAAUACAGACAAAACAAAAGAUGAAACCAGCGUUAAAGAAAUUGAAAAGAAAACAGACACAGAGGUAAUGAAAAAAUCUGAAGCAGAAAUAAAAGAAGCUGAUUCCAAAGCUAAAGAUAAGAAGAAAAGUGAUGAAGCUAGUGUAAAGAAAAAUACAGAGACAGGAAAAAAAGUUUCAUCAGAAGACGAAAAACAGAGGGAAAAAAGUGAUGAAGUAAGUGCAAAGAAUGAAUCAGAGACCACAAAGAAAGUUUCACCGAAAAAAGAAAAGCCUCUUGAGAGUAAAAAGGACAUGACUGUUGAAAAAACUGAUCAAACAAAAGAAGUGUCCUCUGAAAGUGUAUCGGUUAUAAAAUUAGACAAGGAAGUAAAAGAUACCAGUGAACAAAGCAAGGUUGAAAUAAUUCCCGAUACUGACAAGACAAAAUCAAAAGAUGAAACCAGAAUCAAAGACCUUGACAAGAAAACUAACACAGAGGUCACUAAUAAAUCAGAAGGUGAAAUAAAAGAGGCUGAUUCUAAAAUUGAAGAGAAAAAGAAAAGUGACGAAGCUAGUGAAAAGAAAAAAUCAGAGACUACAAAGAAAGUUUCACCUAAAAAAGAAAAGCCUGAGAGUAAAAAGGACAAAACUGUUGAAAAAACUGAUCAAACGAAAGAAGUGACCUCUGCAAGUGUAUCGGUUAUAAAAUCAGACAAAGAAGUAAAAGAUACUAGUGAACAAAGCAAGGUUGAAAUAAUUCUUGAUACUAACAAGACAAAAUCAAAAGAUGAAACCAGCUUUAAAGAAAUUGAAAAGAAAACUGACACAGAGGUUAACAAAAAAUCAGAAGCAGAUAUAAAAGAAUCUGAUUCCAAAAUUGAAGAGAAAAAGAAAAAGGAUGAAGCUAGUGUAAUAAAUAAAAAAGAAGCUACAAAGAAAGCAUCACCCAAAAAAGAAAAGCCUUCUGAGAGCAAAAAGAAUCAAACUGCUGAACAAACUAGUCAAGAAAUUGAAGGGGAUGGUUUGAAAAAACUAGCUACAACACCAAAUAGUACGGUCAAGAAUGCUGAUGAAGAAAAGGAAAAGCAUUUAAUGCAAAAAGUGGAGGUAAAUGCUGAAAUAGCAAUUACUAAAGAGAAGAUGUCAAACAUAGACGUUGAUACACACAAGGAAAAAUCUAGUUCUGAUACAUAUUCCAAUCUUAUGGUGGAUGAAACCAAAAGCAGUGAAAAGGAACCAAAGAAAACCGAAAAAACAUCAAUUAAAAAGUCUGAAGUUAAAAAAGGACGAAAAGAUUCUGGAACUGGAUUGGGAGGUAGUGGGAAAAUCACUAAGGAAAUCACUGAAACUAAAUUUGAUGAUCAAGUAAAUGCAUUAUCUACACUAGAGUCAGCUUCAAGAGGUAAAACUAAAGACAUAAUCACAAGUGAGGUGGCAAAAGAUACUAAGACUAUGAACUUUGAAGUUAACACAGUAAGUGAUACUUCAAUACCCAAGGAAACUGAGCAAGUAUCUGUUAAAGAAUCAGGAAUAGACAUUGUAUAUGGUAAAGAGCCAGUUAGUAAAAUAAGGUCAACAAAGAAGCAAGAUAAGUCAGGCUUAGAAGAAAAAUGCAAAAGCAAUAAGGGUAAACAAACCACUGUUAAGGACCAAGAUAAUUUGCAGGAAACACUCUUUAUUGUUGAGAAAGAAGACAGUGAACACAUGUCAUAUUUAGAUGAAAGUUCAACAUCAGAUUAUGGCUCUGAAUCACAUUCAGAACCAUACCAAAUCAGGAAAAGUCAGAGCUAUAGCAGCAGACAAUGGAUUGGUGAUUCCAAGACUAGAACAGAGGAUGUAACACCUAGAGUUUCAUCCAAGCUUACAAGAGAAAGGAAGUGUGAAGAAUAUGGUGUUUCUGAACAUGAGAAAAUUUCAUACUCACGCAGGCAGAAUACCAGCAAGCCCUUGUUCUGUGGUCGCCUGGUGGACCGGACAGCAGCCCAGGGUACUAGAUUCAAGGUUACCUGCAGCCUUACAGGCUCACCUGACCCAACAGUCCAAUGGUACAAGGAUGGGCAUCUGGUAGAUACCUCACUGGACCAUAGGUAUCGGACACGGUUGUCUGAUGGACUAGCCAGUCUGGAGAUUACUGAUGCCAAGGUGGGAGACUCUGGGAAGUACACUUGUGUGGCUAGUAACCCUCAUGGAGAAACAUCCACCACAGCCAACAUCAAGGUGUUCUCCUAUAUGGAAUCUGCUCCAGAGGCACCUGUCUUCACUCAACACAUUCGAGACCACUACAAGAGUAUGUCUGAUGAACUGGUGAUCGAGUGCAGAGUGAAGGGUCACCCACUCCCAAGUGUCAUGUGGACCAAGGACGGUCAGCCGCUGCGCUCAUCGUCACGCUACCAGCAGAGUGUACUGACUGAUGGCACGUGUCGUCUUGUCGUGCACGGGCCUGAACCUGCUGACUCUGGCUUGUAUAAGUGUACAGCGGAGAAUGCUGUGUGGUCUGAACAGACCUCGGCCAACAUCACAUUUGAUGGACGUGACAAAUAUUUGGCGGAUAGUAGGAGUCUCACUGAUCUCAAGUUGCCGAGGAUCACCAACAUUGUGUCUGACACUGCAGUGAGGGAAGGUGGAACAGUGGCGCUACAAGUGGCUAUCAAAGGCACUCCCAGAGCGGAGGUGACGUGGUACCGAGGUUCUCAACCUCUGCCCAAACGGUCCUCUCGGUUCCGGUACCUGGAGGAUGCCGGGGUCUACUCCCUGGUGAUGACUGAAGCUUCUGCCUCAGAGGCUGGCAUAUACACUUGCAGAGCCAGCAAUGCUCAUGGAUACAGGGACACUAGUGUGAAUGUAGAGAUUGUUGGCACCGCUGGAGGGUCGACUUCUGGUAGAGGUAAACCAGCCAUGUUUCUGUCCAGACCAGACACCAGCAUGAGCAUAGCCGUGGGUGAAGAUGUAUCCAUCUCCUUCCGUGUCAGUGGCGACCCCAAGCCUAGAGUGUCGUGGAUGAAGGGUAUGAGAGACAUCACCAACAACCUCAGAACAUUGAAGGAGACUGUCAAUGACUACGUUAGACUAACACUCAAGCAUGCUACCGUCAUGGACGCAGGAACUUACUUCAUAAUGGCCAAAAACAUCUAUGGAGCUGACCACGCAUUUGUCACAGUCAGGGUGAAGCAGCGAGCUCGCUCAUUGACACCGACUCGAGCCACAAUCUGGAGUGCUCCGGACACAUCUACAAUCCUGAAGGACAUUCACGAGUCUACCAGAGCGCUUGUUAACGAUGUGCCAGGUCCUAUCAGCAGUGCGCCAGUGGUCUCAGACUGUGGCAAGAACUGGUUGUCUCUGUCAUGGGGCAAACCUGAGCACCGCGGCGCAGCUCCUGUACUGGCUUAUAAAGUGGAGUCAUGGUUACUAGGAACUGAGGGUGGCGCACACUGGACUGAGCUUGGAGUUACUCCCAUCAACAGUUUCGAUGUGUUCUUCCUGAAACCUGGAUCCGAGUACCAGUUUCGUAUAACCACCCGUAACCGGUAUGGGUGGGGCGAGUCGGUUACAACAACAGAGCCUAUCUCUGUAGGCAAUGCGGCCAACUUCCCACCAGACAUUGUGCGAGACUUGCCUGGUCCUCUGAAAGCACUGCAGGGAGACAAUGUUACAUUGGAGUGUGAGAUUAAUGGAGACCCACCACCUACGAUCCAAUGGCUCAGAGACGGCCAGAAUGUUGGAACUGUGGCAGCACUGAAGGGUCGAGUGUUUGUGGUGGACGAUCAGCUGGUCCAUCGUCUCAUCAUCAAACAGCUGACCGAGGAUGACUCAGGCCGCUACGUGUGUGAGGCUGUUAACAAGGUGGGGCGAGCUUCAACGUACGCGAGACUACUAGUAGUCACUGAUCCUCGUCUACUGGACGCUGACCGGAAACUGAAAGAGAGUCUGUUGGAGCAGCACGAGUCUGCACCACAGAUCACCAUGAGACUAAGAGACCGCAGAGUACAAGCCUCUUAUCCUGUGAGAUUGUCAUGCCAGGUGAUUGGCAGUCCGGCCCCGACAGUGACUUGGGCUAGUCAUGGCCAGCCUAUCACUGCUGACGAUCGUCAUCAGAUAGUGCAGGAGGCAGACCACUUCCACACUCUGGAGAUCUGCCGCACACUGCUGGAGGACAGUGGAGAGUACACAAUGACAGCACAGAACUGUCUAGGAGCUGUUAGCUGUCACUGUCAGCUGGUGGUGGACAAGGGUAUCCGAGCGUAUAUAUCCCCGGAGUUCAUCUGUGAACUGUCCCCUGCAGUCACUGUCAGGGAGGGGGCAGAGUUGAGACUGUUUGCUCAAGUAGAAGCCUACCCAACUGUCAGCAUCUCAUGGCAGAGAGAUGGAGUGCGGCUUCGCCCCAGCCGACGACUAGUGAUGACGCUAGACCCAGAGGGCCGAGUAGAGCUCGCGUUGGCACACCUUACUGAGAGAGAUGCCGGUCUGUACACCUGCAGUGCUACCAAUGCGGUGGGCCGAGCAGAGACUGUGUGUCAGGUGUUUGUGACGGGUGGUACACCUGUUGCGGCCGGAGUGCCUACGAUCACCACAUCUAAUGUGCCGUACUCCAAAGAGCCCAGGUUCGUGACCAAGCCUCGGUCCAGUGAGGCUGUUGAAGGAGACACUGUGGUCAUCACAUGUGAAGUGGUGGGAGACCCUCGGCCGGAGGUCAUGUGGCUACGAGACUGGCUUAAGCCAGGCUACUACAGAGACGCUCCUCAGUUUAGACAAGUGGGCGACGGCUCCCAGUACAGCCUAGAGAUCCCACAAGUGAAACUCGACUUCACCGGAACCUACUGUGUGAUCGCCCGAAAUACUCAUGGCGAGACCAAGGCGAUAAUAUCACUCCAGAUAUAUGCCAAAGGCCAAGGAAAAGAAUCGUCCAUGGUAUCUGGACAUGUAAAACAUGGUCAGGUGGAGACUCUGCCGGAAAUCAAGCGUGAGUUGAAGGACCUCCGUUGUUGUGACGGAGACGCUGUCACUUUGGAGUGUCUGGUGUCGGCCACACCACUGCCGUCCGUGCGCUGGGAGAAAGACGGCAAGAUUCUACCUCUAGGAGAAGACAUUGAGGCUGAGUUAGACGGAGAAGUCGCUAGGCUCAUUAUAAAGAAGGUUUACCCUGAAGAUGAGGGCCAGUACAGCUGUGUCGCUUAUAACGACCUAGGACGAGCUGUUACAACCGCUUGUCUUGUGGUUGAUGUUCCUGAAGAGAAAGAGACACUACUGAGUCAGCAGCUGACACGUCCUCCGGGGUUGUUGUCUGCCAGGUCGACACCCCGCUCCACCCCACGCAACACUCCCUCCCCCGCCAGGAGUCUCUCACCUACCCCUGCCAGAUACCGAGAGUUUUCUUCGCCGUCCUUCUCCAGACCCAAGCGAGUGAAGAUGUCAUCGCCCAAGUUCUACACAGUGCCUCACAACCGCAUUGCUGAGGAAGGAGAGACAGUUAGGUUCCAGUGUUCUGUGGCGGGUCACCCCACUCCUUGGGCCAGUUGGGAUAAGGAUGGCCACAUAGUGACCCCGUCGUCGCGUCUAAGCGUGACAGAACGUGAUGACUUGCGGACGCUGGAGCUGAGGGAAGUUACGGUGGAAGACGCAGGGCUCUAUAGAGUGACACUGGAGAACGAGAUGGGCAGCAUCGAGGCGACCGCUCGACUAGAUAUAAUUGGUCGCCAAGGGUCACGUACCAGGUCAGUACGAGCUUGGAGUGCUGUCAGGUCGUCGCCGACGUUUGGUCGUCGUCUGGUCGGCUCAGCUGCCAGGGUGGGAGGUACCUUCACACUCAACUGCGACGUUCAUGCUUCCCCCUCCCCUGUAACUUCGUGGUACAGGAACGGAGAGAUGUUGGUCAAGUCCUCCCGUGUCAUACCUACCUGGGAUGGACGGAGAGCCAAGCUGGAACUGCAUAGUUUGCAGCCUGAAGACGCAGGAGUGUACACGUGUGUGGCAGAGAACGCUGUCGGCACAACUCAGUGUUCUGCAGAGCUUAGAGUACUGCAGACGUCAGACCCUAGUGAUGCAGAUCUGCAGCCUCCAGUGUUCCUGCAGGGUCUGCCUCCAGAACAGACAGCAGCUGAGGGACAGCCCUUUGAGCUGCAAGUGCGACUUCAAGGUAGCAGCCCCCUGGAGGUGGUCUGGGUGAAGGACGGUGUGGAGGUGCCAGAUUGUCCUGACCUACGCCAUGUCGACUACGGAGAUGGCAGGUUCGGUCUCCGCAUCGCCGAUGUGUUUGUGGCCGACGGAGGGAUAUACAACUGUGAGGCUUUCAACAAUCACGGAGACGCCAUUACCUCGGGUCACCUCAUAGUCAAUGACCUGAGUGGUGGCGAGGGUGGUAGCAGUGAGCCGGAGAUUGUAUUCACCAAAACACCAAGCCCCGUAUUGGCAAGACUGAGAGGGAAGGCUAGUUUCUGUGCUCGGUUACAGAGCCGACCCUUGUCUCAUACUUCUUUCAGUUGGACGGUUAACGGCCGAAGUGUCAACAGCGACGACAGGUUUACGGUUACAACAGAGGAUGACUGCAGUAUGCUGCACGUAGGGGAGGUCCACACUUGUGACAUGGGAGCUGUGACAUGCACGGCCAGAGUGUGCUCUCCUGGAGUUCCUCCGACCACAGUGUCGUGCGACACCACGCUGGGGCUGGACCCGUCUCCAGGGGCCCCCGCUGAGCUGCUGCGGGGCCCCAGCGACACCACAGCCAUGCGGGGCGACCGAGUGCUGCUCAAGGCGACGUACCGCGGUGAUCCUGAACCUUCUGUGCGCUGGCUUAAGGCGGGCCGAGAGCUGAGCUCCGAAGGUCGGGUGCAGAUAACUUCAAGAGACGGGGUAUCCUGUCUUACCAUCUCCGCCAUAGACGCAGAUGACAGUGGCAAGUACGUCGUCAGCGUAGAGAACAUUCAUGGCGCAGACUGCCACUUCGCCUCUGUAGCCGUGGAGGGUCCACCAGAAGCCCCCGCUGCACGUCCCAGUGUCUCUGCCGCGGGGCCGGGUUGUGUGACCGUGGCUUGGUCCAGCCCCGCCUAUGAUGGAGGCUGUGUCAUCACCGGGUACAGUGUGGAGAUGAGGACAGCUCUGUCACACCAGUGGAAUGUGGUUGCUGACAGAUGCCACUCACUGUCACAUGUGGUCCGAGGACUGACUCCAGGACAGACUUAUCUGUUCAGGGUGAGAGCAGAGAACAUCCACGGAGCCAGUGAGAGCAGCGCUGAGUCCUUCCCCUUCACACUACAGUUGCCCCACACAGGUUUGCGGGAAGACGAAGGUGAAGGAGAGGGCGAGACAGAGACAGUUGUAGAGGAGAGGUUGGUAGUCCCUCAGCCUGGUGAUGAGUUCCUGGAACGCUACUCUGUACAUGAGGAGCUGGGCAAGGGCCGAUACGGGGUCGUCCACAAGGUAACAGAUCUGCGGACAGGCCACACGAUGGCUGCCAAGUUUGUACGCUGCAUCAAGAAGCAAGACAGAGAGAAAGUACAGGAGGAGAUAGACAUAAUGAACUGUCUGAGGCAUCCCAAGCUGCUGCAACUUGCUGCGGCCUUUGACAACCCCAAGGACAUGGUCAUGGUCAUGGAAUACAUCUCCGGAGGUGAGUUGUUUGAGAGAGUUGUGGCUGAUGACUUCACACUCACAGAGAGAGAUUGUAUACUGUUUCUGCGACAGAUCUGUGAAGGCGUCAGAUACAUGCACACCUGCCAAGUUGUUCAUCUAGACCUUAAGCCAGAGAACAUCAUGUGUCACACAAGGACGUCGCAUCGUGUCAAGAUCAUCGACUUCGGCCUCGCACAGAAGCUCCAGUCCAACACUCCGGUCCGAGUGUUGUUUGGAACUCCCGAGUUCAUUCCUCCUGAGAUCAUCAACUACGAACCCAUUGGUGUAGAGUCCGACAUGUGGUCUGUGGGGGUCAUCUGCUAUGUCCUACUGUCAGGGCUGUCACCCUUCAUGGGGGAUAACGACGCUGAGACAUUUGCCAACAUCACUCGGGCCGACUUCGACUUUGACGACGAAGCAUUCGAAGCCAUCUCCCAAGACGCUAAAGACUUCAUCAGUUCACUUCUUAUCAAGAGAAAAGAGAAGAGACUAACAGCAGAGGAAUGUCUAAAGCACAAGUGGCUCACACAAAGUGACACAACUAUGAACAGUGUCAAGCUGUGUACAGACAAACUCAAGAAGUUCAUCAUCAGGAGGAAGUGGCAGAAGACAGGGAAUGCUAUCCGGGCGCUGGGACGUAUGGCAACACUGUCUGCGGCUAGUAGACGCAACUCUAGCACCAGCACGCCCCCCUCCCCCCGCCCCUCCCUGGCUGCCUCACGUCUGUCUAGCCUGGACGAGGAGGGGAGGGGCGACCGUGACCGAGCACGGGGCAGAGUAUGCAGUGAGCGCAGUGACAGUGGCAUCAGUGACUGUAGCAGUAUCAACACCUCGGCUACCCCCACCACUCCCUGCCAUCUCCUCAACAAGAAAUACUCUAUUUGCGAAGAGCCCGAGCACGACCUUAGUAGUUGUAGACUAACUGAGCACGGUGUGACUGUUAACAAACUGUGUGACGGUGUUAACGGCAAAGCCUCUAAUGUUUCAGUCGCUGCCAAGAAACGAACGACAAAUAGCUUAAGACUCGACAGUGAGCCCGCCAAAGCGCCUUCUCCCACUUUACAAAAGGACGCUAAACUAUUCGGCAAAAGUGAAAACUUCCAAAAGGCCUUCGCUUUUUGGAAACAGUAAUACCAUGUACAAAGCCUUCGCAGUGCCCGUUGCCAAAGUUAUUGUUAAUGAAACAGAUUGUUCUAUACGGAUAGAAUAGUUGUGUUUUCAGUUUUAGUCUAUUGUUAUGCUUAUAGCCGAGUAAAUAUAGCUUUUAUCGUCAAUUGUUAUCAUAAUGAUAACUUAUUUCGUAUCAUUUAAUAUAUUGUAUCCUGUAUUGUUACUAUUAGCGUCAAUAAAUUAAAAUUUUAUUUAUUAAA